AGACGCGCGCCGCUGCAGUGAGGCGCCCGGCCGCUCAGCUCGGAGCGCGAGCGACUGUGCGCGCGCGUGUCGCUGAGUCAGGGCGCGCCUCCUCGUGGACGUGUCAGAGGACAUCCGUGAGUGUAGCAUGUAAUACCGGCCAAAAGCACCGCAGCGAAGCCAUAACCGAAUACCGAAGUGUCUUUGGCUAUGUUUGUUUUUUAACCCCGGCGGAGAGAGAUAUUUCCCCAUCCAAUUUUUUUAAUAUCUAAGAAUAAAAGCGCCACCUUGUCCUUUUGCCUUUCUCUGCUCGAUCAUGUCUAAGAAUAGCAAUGGGAAACCGGAGAGGCAGAGAAAAGGCAGCCAGGAGGACAACAGGGAGCACAGGAACCUCUCCUAUCUGUUCUACCAAGCCGUGCGAGACCACAAGCCCGUGUGGAUGCUGGAAGACAUGCGGAAUAUGGAGAUGUUUUACUGGGAGGAGGACGUCAGCCAGAGGUCGUACUCGCCCUCGGAGGCGCUGCUGUACGCUGUGGUCCAUGACCACCAUGCCUAUGCCCACUAUCUGCUGAGUCACUACCUGGAGAAGGCGCUGGAGAUGCCAGGUCAGCGUUUCUGCUGCUGCGCGUCCUCGGCGCCGCACCUGGCCAUGGCGGUGCGCUACGACCGGAGGGACAUCCUGGCGCUCAUUCUGCAGGUGGUGCACCGGCUGCCCAGCCUGCGGUCCUACGUGAACCGCCGGGACUGCUUCCACCUGGAGGACGGCAAGACCCCCCUGCACCUCGCCUGCGAGCUGCUGCGCUCCGAGGCCGUCGUCCUGCUGCUAGGCAACGGCGCGUCGCCGCACGCGGAGGACCACAAGGGCAUGACCCCGCUGGACGUCAUCCUGGAGCAGCUGUGCGACUCGAAGGUCAACCUCGGGCCCAAGAAGCUCUGCCUCGACAACCUGCUGAUGUUCAUGCCCGAGGUGCGCUUCAAGAUGAAGGCGUCCCUGGAGCGGGAGCCCGCCUGCUGGACGAAAGUGCUCGGAGAGGAUGUAUUCACCUACCUCGUCGGGAAAACUCCGGCCCCGUUAUUUCUCCUCUCUAUGCAAAACAUCCUGCGGCUGCUGCCCCCGGACAGGUUCCCGCAGAGCCUGCAGGAGCUGCCCAUACCGAACGCACUGAAGCCCAUCCCCGCCUCUUACAAAAAGCGAGGCCGCUACUAAUGCGCUGUGAGCUGAGGAUCAAGACGGUUUUAAAAAAAAACAAAACAGUUAUUUAUUACAGUCUUGGCAUGGUGACUGGCGUUGUGUUUGCGGAGCAUGAAUGAAUAUUUGUCUUUUUAUAGGAAAUCACAUUAAAAAACAAAAACGACUCAAAGAAGGCUGCCGACUAACCAACUCGCCGAUCGGAAAGUAUCGGUUGGUACUUUUAAAGCGUCUACAAACAUCAGGUCUACAAAAAGCAAUAUUGUUUUACAGUGUUGAGGGAUCAUUUCUAUUUAUUAAGACUGCGAUUUGCUGAGGGGCCUUAGCCUUUGGCAUUGUCCUGGUGCAGCUAAAUCUUUUUGACACAAAUAUCUAAUGCAAGCAUGAUACAUUUAUUUUGUUAUAUGUUAUCAAUUCAAUAGUGACUAUGAAAUAUAUAUAAGGAAAUAACGUAAUCAAUUCUUGACUAUAUUCAGGAGAAUAUACAGUACAUCCAAUCGUGUUGAUUACUGACCUGUCUGCGCAGGGUUGCACCUUUGUGGCAGUAUUUAAUAUCAAUUUUGUAAACAUUUCCAUUUUCUAACAUAUUUUGAAUAUUUA